UGCUUCCAAAAACUUCAGAGUGGUCGUGAAACUGUCAACUGAGUUGAGAAUUUCGCCAUUAUAAACAAAUUAAAAAAGAAUUUGAUUUUUACGACGUAAGCAGACGUGUUUUAAGAAGUAUAUAAAUCCUAUGACAGUACAAUAUGGAUCCUGGAAGACAAAGCUGGAAUGCGUGGCAGCUUCCGGAACUUAGGCCAACAGUAACAUCAUCUUUAGGGGGAAAUCUUGAAGAAGAAGCACCUAAAACCACCACAACUUCUAUCACCAGCCAGGCUGAACAACAGAAUACAAACAUUAGACAGGUGGCUAAUGAACCCAUUUCCGAGAGACCAUCCCCGCCUGCUUUACCGCAUUUUACAUGCCCUCGACGACCGAAUCAUGGCAAUGAGGGACGAACUAUUAAUUUGCGAGCGAAUCACUUUAAGAUCACAAUGCCUCGAGGCUAUAUCCAUCACUAUGACAUUAACAUUCAACCUGAUAAAUGCCCCCGCAGGGUGAAUUCGGAGAUAAUAGAGACAAUGGUGCAUGCAUAUAGCAAAAUCUUUGGCGUGCUGAAGCCCGUCUUCGAUGGUCGCAACAAUCUCUACACGCGUGACCCUCUUCCAAUUGGCAAUGACCGCGUGGAGUUAGAGGUAACAUUGCCAGGUGAGGGUAAGGAUCGCGUAUUCCGCGUGACGAUCAAAUGGGUGGCUCAGGUGUCGCUGUUUAAUCUCGAGGAAGCCCUAGAGGGGCGUACGCGUCAAAUCCCGUACGAUGCCAUCUUGGCGCUAGACGUGGUGAUGCGUCAUCUUCCCAGCAUGACAUACACGCCUGUGGGCAGAAGCUUCUUCAGCUCCCCGGAUGGGUAUUACCAUCCUCUCGGAGGUGGUCGUGAAGUAUGGUUCGGCUUUCACCAGAGUGUGCGCCCGUCGCAAUGGAAAAUGAUGCUCAAUAUUGAUGUGUCGGCAACGGCUUUCUACAAGGCUCAGCCCGUCAUUGAAUUCAUGUGCGAGGUCCUCGACAUCAGGGAUAUCAAUGAGCAGCGAAAGCCGCUCACGGACUCGCAAAGGGUGAAAUUCACGAAGGAGAUCAAAGGACUAAAGAUUGAGAUCACGCACUGCGGAACGAUGCGACGCAAGUAUCGCGUGUGCAACGUGACACGUAGACCUGCGCAGAUGCAAUCAUUCCCGCUGCAGCUGGAGAACGGGCAGACGGUGGAGUGCACCGUGGCCAAGUACUUCCUCGACAAAUAUAAAAUGAAGUUGCGUUACCCCCAUUUGCCGUGUUUGCAAGUUGGGCAAGAGCACAAGCACACGUAUUUGCCGCUAGAGGUGUGUAACAUCGUUGCCGGGCAGAGAUGCAUCAAAAAAUUAACCGAUAUGCAAACUUCCACCAUGAUUAAAGUUACAGCACGAUCAGCCCCUGAUAGGGAGGCUGAAAUUAAUAAUUUAAUUCGUCGUGCGGACUUUAAUAAUGAUCCCUAUGUACGAGAAUUCGGACUAACCAUUUCUGACAGCAUGAUAGAAGUUCGAGGACGGAUUUUACCCUCUCCACAGCUUCAAUACGGUGGUGGACGUUCUUCUGGAGGAAGAAGUAAAGCCAAUAUGACAUUACCAAAUCAGGGUGUUUGGGAUAUGCGUGGAAAACAAUUCUUUUUAGGCAUUGAGAUCAUCGUCUGGGCAAUUACAUGCUUUGCUCCACAGAGAACAGUCCACGAGGAGAGUUUAAGGAACUUUACAAAACAACUCCAAAAGAUUUCACAUGAUGCUGGAAUGCCAAUUGUCGGACAGCCGUGUUUUUGCAAAUACGCCACGGGUCCAGAUCAGGUGGAACCGAUGUUUAGGUAUCUGAAGAAUACCUUUAAUGCACUUCAGCUUGUUGUAGUAAUCCUCCCGGGUAAGACACCGGUCUACGCAGAAGUUAAACGUGUUGGGGAUACAUUGCUUGGUUUAGCUACACAAUGCGUUCAGGCAUCCAAUGUAAAUAGAACAACGCCACAGACAUUGUCGAAUCUGUGCUUGAAAAUUAAUGUGAAACUUGGAGGAAUUAAUUCCAUCCUUGUACCAUCUGUGCGACCUAAGGUAUUCAAUGAACCCAUAAUUUUCUUGGGUGCCGACGUGACACAUCCACCUGCUGGUGAUAAUAAGAAACCAUCAAUUGCCGCCGUGGUUGGUUCAAUGGAUGGGCAUCCAUCGAGAUAUUCAGCCACUGUGAGAGUGCAGGAACAUCGUCAGGAGAUUAUCCAAGAUCUAAGUAACAUGGUCAGGGAACUUCUAAUAAUGUUCUACAAGUCAACCCAAGGCUACAAACCCCAUCGCAUCAUUAUGUAUCGCGAUGGUGUAUCUGAGGGACAAUUCCUCCAGGUACUGCAGCAUGAACUGACAGCUAUCCGUGAAGCGUGCAUAAAAUUAGAUCCUGAAUACAGACCUGGCAUAACAUUCAUUGUUGUGCAGAAACGCCAUCAUACAAGACUUUUUUCUGUUGAUCAGAAGGAACAAAAAGGCAGAUCUGGUAAUAUCCCAGCAGGAACCACCGUCGAUGUGGGUAUUACACAUCCGACAGAGUUUGACUUUUACCUAUGCAGCCAUCAAGGCAUUCAGGGAACAAGUCGUCCAUCUCACUAUCACGUUCUGUGGGAUGAUAAUCACUUUGAUUCGGAUGAACUGCAAUGUCUCACCUAUCAGCUCUGUCACACUUACGUGAGAUGCACGAGAUCUGUGUCAAUCCCAGCACCGUCAUACUAUGCUCAUUUGGUUGCAUUCCGGGCCAGGUAUCAUUUAGUGGAGAAAGAGCAUGACUCAGGUGAAGGAUCUCAUCAAAGUGGAUCGUCUGAGGAUAGAACGCCAGGUGCUUUAGCACGUGCUGUUACUGUGCAUGCUGAUACAAAUAAAGUCAUGUACUUUGCUUAAGUACCUAUAGGUAUGUACCUACUUACCUACAAAAAUUAUAAAAUUAACAAUGCAAGAAAAAAUCCCCCCACAAAAUAAAAAAAGUUUUAAUGGAAUCUCUUAAAAAGAGAAUUAAGGGGUUAAGGUUAGGUAUUGAAUGUGCCUUUAAUUACAUUUAUUGUUUUAUUUUCUCAAAAGCUUUCAAUUAUGUGUCAUUUUAUCUAUUAUCUAAGCCAAAAAUUCAGUUUCGAAACUAAUGAUAUAUUACGGCGAUCAAGUCAUAUCAAAUAUAAUAUAUUUUAAAAUUCUGUAUGUUUCGUAGUCAGAGUCCUUUUAAAUUAGUUAUUAGGUAUUUAAGAGAUGGUAAAAUACUUAUUAAAUAAAUUUUAUGUCUAAAAAAUUCAGUAAAAAAAAUAAAAAUUAAAACAGUUUGACUGCUCA